CGCCCUACAGAAAGCCAGGGCAGUUCAGCGGCCAGUGCCAGCGUCGUGUCGCCUGUACCCGUAGGCUGUGUGACCACCUCGCUCCAAUGCUCCACCACCUCGAUCCUCCUCCUCAGCGUCGCAAGCCACUCUCUCCUGCUCGACUUCGCUCACCAUCACUCCUCCACGACCGUCCCUCUGUUUCUCAAGCCUCCCUCCCCCGCGGCCUUCGUAGCCGCACAUCAUCCUUAACGGCGCGCUUCCAACGGUCGCCGCUCAGCAUAGAGGCAGACAAACGUGCACGCUGUCGCUGUUGUCGCUUGCUUCAAUCCGGCGCAUGUCCAACGCCCUGCGCUGUCCGCCUUCCUCCAUGGAUUCCGCCUCGAUCCCACCGCGGCUGGGUCACAUGCACGACCCCGACCGUCGACAACACUUCCAAAUGCACCCGUCUACGGCCCUGCAAGAUGCGGCAUUGUUGUCGGAGAAGCCUCCUCGACGUGCCCUGCCCGACUCGUCCCGCCCGCAGCCGGCCUCCGCCUCGACCGACGACGCGCUCAGCAGCGGCCCAGAUGCCGCACCAACCUCGGGCGACGCGACUGCGAAUCACCUCCGCCCACCACACCAUCACCGCACCACCGUCCAUGACGACCGCGACCGCAACCACCACAACCACAGCCACAACCACACUUAUCAACACCCUUACCAGCAACUCUACCAGCCCGUUACGCAGCAGCGCCAACAGCAGCAGCAGCAGCAGCAGCAGCAACAACAGCACGAUGCCGCCCGCACAAUAGACGCCCAAUCAACGACCAAAACACCAAUUGUUACCUCUGCUGCCGCUGACUCUGACUCCUACCGCGACCGCCCCUCCUCUGUAUCGCAGGAUUCUACAGUGUCCGCCGAGACUGCCAACGUCUUUACGCCGCCCGCCAGCCAGGGCGAUAUGCCGGGAGGGAACCCUAAUGGCCACACCUCCAGCCAAGAGUCCCAAUUACUUCAGCUGUCCCAUAUCGCCGCCGCCCAGGACAAACUGGCCGAGGACAACGUCAUGGCGACGGCCCGCAAGCGUAUGGCCGAUGGCGCUCUCAAGGAGCACACUUCCCCUAUUCGUAUGGGCCAUUCCAGGAAUACAAGUACCGUGAGCAUGGCCUCCACGACAGCCAGCAGUAUCGGCGAUUGGUCCACCGACCUUAAGACGCGCCUGUCAUAUGCUAUGCUCAAGGUAAACCACGGCUGGCAGUCUAACUCGAUAGACGAGGUCGAGUCCAUGGCCUCCCAGGCCGCCUCCCCGGCCUCGAGUCAUUCAACAUUACAUGGCCGCCAAGACAUGUCGGCGAGUCCCCGCGCAAAUAUGGCCCGCUACGUACCUACUAGUGCUGCCAGCGCUGCCACCACGGCGAGCUCGAAUCCGAGCCCGGCGACCUACGAGUCCUUCUGGAAAGAUACCCAGAGAUCUGCCCACAACUCAACCUCUCCGCCAGCACCGGCGCCUGCCGCGAACGCUCCCACCCUUGCGCCGCCGGCUCCCAUCCAGCCGUCAAGGCCAAUGGCCAACCCUCGCCGGAACUCGAAUCCUCGCUACACCCCGACCCUACUCUCACAUUCCCACAGCGCGUCGCCGCACACGCCUGGCCAGCAGAACAACAAUGCAACGCCAAAUCAGAGGUUAGGCCGGACUCCGCUCAUCGAUCCCAUCCUCUUCUCACCUCACCAAAACGUUAGGGAGCAGGACGCCAUCGAAUCUCUCAUCUUUAUGAGUAGCCCCGGAAACUCGGCCAAUAUGAAGAACACCUAUCUGUCGUCCAUGGCAUCCAACAUUCCGGGCCGCCACGCCUUGCCGAGCUCCCAGCCGCCUCGCAAAAGCCUGCCGUCUCAACGGCCCCUAUCACAAAAACGCGUCGGUUUCGAGAAGAGCCCUGGGAGCAUGACGGCCGUUAGCGACAUGGACGUCGACAUGGACUCGCCCCAGUCGCGCGGCCCCGUGAGAAGACGAAUUAACGGCAGUGCGAGCUUCUCUGCCGGGACCCGGCCCAGCACAUUGCGACCUCAGCUCUCCCUCCCGGCGGCUCUCGGCAGCACGUCACGGCCACGGCCCCGUUUGGCGGAUGCCGACAUUGAGCGGAUGAUUGACCAAGCCGCCCAAGCUGGGGACAGCUCAGACGACGACGACGGUGAGAUUCAAAUCCCGGCGAGAAGCAGGGCAGGGGGCGGCCCCGUCGGCGGCCCCGUCGGCGUCUGACUGUUACGGGAGGGACCUGGAGAUGCGAUCGAGAGUAAAACGCACCUGGGACGGAUUGCCUGGGCCCGUGCUGUGUUUUGAGGAAGUCCACCGGGGCUAUUGGACAAACGCGAUGAUGAUGACGACUUUAAUUUCUUUGGGAUGCGUAUAUAUCGCUGCACAUUGGGCGAAGCUCAACUGACGGGCAGGUUGCUCUUGUUACAAAGGCAUAUCAUUUUACUGUUUGCCUUUUUUGGUUUUUCCCGCCUCAUACGAAGAGCGGGCUCAUUCUGGGAGCAUCAGAGGCCGCGAGCCUCAACGGGGUUUGAAUACCGGAGUUUUCAUCUAGGGUGUCAAUUGCAUUGCAUGGCCGCGGCCACAGUAGCAUCGAACGUUGAAUCAUUGCAUGGGACGACGGGCCCUUUGAUUGCAAAAAUCUAGUAAAUACAAGUAUGAUUUACACGCGUCUUGCGACGCUCUUCAGAGUUAUAUAGAGAAUCGGCAGCGAUGCCCAUCUGGGUCUACCCAAAAAUCCCAUCCGUUCCCAAAAUCGGUACACAUGGACUUGAUUCGAAACCAUGCAGGUAUAUAGCAAAAAACCAGACAAAACCAUGACUACUACAAGUACAGUCUCAUUCCCUUUCCCAAACGCCGGUCGUAAU